UGGGGAGCGCCGUCGGCCGCCGCAGCGGACCGAGACCGGGUGUCAGAGAGCGGCUCAGAUCGGUCCUCGGACCACCGGACCAACUCACAGACAUGUAGCGCCCAGCUACACAGCCUUGUGCAACGCAACGAAAGUUCCUCUUACAAGUUCCUAAGUGUAUUUUGUGUGUAGAUAGUAUAUGUGCAUUAGCGAAUAGUUAUAUAGUGUUAAGUUCAUAUAGUGAUAAGCUGGUCAACGGGACUGCAGACCUGGAUUCAUCGAUGGUUUGGAGUUAUGGAAGGUGCUGUUAACUACAAUGCUGCGCCCCUAGCAGCUCCGCUCUCUGCUUGUCGCAAUGAGUACCAGCAACGGCGACAGUAGCGACACCGCCGCCCCCGCCCCCGCCCCCGCCCGCAUGUCGCCCCCCGAGGAACCCUCAGCGUCGCCCGGCGCGCCGGAGCCGGGCCACACCGCCAGCGCCGCGCCCCCCGCCGCCUCCGCCGCCGACGUCGAACGAUUCGACGGCAAGAUCGUGUACAACCCCGACGGCUCGGCUUACAUCAUCGACACCGGCGCAGACGACGUGCCGGUGACGACGGCGCCGGGAAGUAUCGUCGACCGGCGCGGCGGCGACGCCGUGCCGGCCGCCUGCCUGCCGCGCAUUGCGUCUGCCUUCUACAUCAGUCGCAACCCGGCCCUCUACUCGGCGUUGUACGGCCAGGCGUAUGCCAGCCUCCUGCAAGAGAAGAAGGUACCAGAGGUGCCGAUCGUACACAGCUACCGGGUGUUUAGCCUGGGCGACGACGCGCCGGCGCCGGCCGAUGUGAGCGACAAACUGCGCCCGCCGCUGGUCGACUACUCGACGGUGCCCAUCAAGCCCAUCCUGAUGUGCUUCGUGUGCAAGCUGUCGUUCGGCUCGGUGAAGCCGUUCGCCACUCACGCCGUCUGUGACCACGGCGUGACGCUGAGUGACGAGGAGCGCGGCAUCCUGACGCAGCGCAACACCUCGGCCAUCCUGUUGACGGGCGGCGCCGAGCGGCGGCCGCGCGUGUCCUUUCUGGAGCCGAUGACGCCGCCGCCGGGCAGGCAGGGCGCUGGGGGCGAGCAGUCGGUCGAACGCGCCGGCGGCCAGCGCACCGAGCCGCCGCCGGCCGCGGCCGAAUCAAAAGACAAUCUGGAAACGAGUGAUAAUCGUAGAGCUCAAGUUUAUCUCCCAAAUGUUCCUAGCACCAGUGCCGGAGUAGAUUUAAGUAUGAAGUUGAGUGUGAAGGCGUCGCCGCCGCCGCCGGUUUCGGAGAGUCCGGCGGCUGGCAGCCCGCCGACGUCUGAGACGUCGUCUCCGUCGUUCCCGACGCCUCCGUCGGCCUCGACGGUCACGGGCACGACGAUCGGCGCGUGCCCUCAGCACAUGAACGGCCGGCCGGCCGACGAGGAGUGCAUCGAGUGCGACCAGAUCAUGAGCUUCACGCGCUCACUGGGCGGUCAGAUGGCCAUGAUGCACUCGCGAAACUCGUGCAAGACGCUCAAGUGUCCCAAGUGCAACUGGCACUACAAGUACCAGGAGACCCUGGAGAUCCACAUGAAGGAGAAACACCCCGACAGCGAGACCACGUGCAUCUACUGCAUCACCAGCCAGCCGCACCCGAGGCUAGCGCGAGGUGAGACCUACACCUGCGGCUACAAACCCUACCGAUGCGAGGUCUGCAACUACUCCACCACCACCAAGGGCAACCUCAGCAUCCACAUGCAGUCGGACAAGCACCUGAACAACAUGCAGGAGCUGCAGAACGGCGGCGUGCCGCGCGACCAGCAGCGGCCGCCGUCCAGUCACGGCUCGAACGCCACGCCGCAGAGCCGCUCCCCCAUCCAGGUCUCACCGCUGCCGGCAAAACCCAAACAGACGUUCCGCUGUGACGUGUGCAACUACGAGACCAACGUGGCACGCAACCUGCGCAUCCAUAUGACCAGCGAAAAGCACACGCACAACAUCAUGGUGAUGCAGCAGAACGUGAAGCAGAUGCACCACCUGUCUAGCUUGCAGGCGCACAUGGCCGGCGGGUUCGACCCGGCUCCGAUGAUGCAGUUUCAGGCAGCGCUGCUGGGCGCCGACAAGAUGGCAGGGAGCGGCGGCGGGCCCGAGGCUGCGCUGGCUGACCUCGCCUUCGGCCAGGCCAUGAUGUUCCAGAUGAUGGCCAGCGGUCAGGUGGGUCCGCCGCAGCACCGCGAGCCGCACCCGCUGGAGCAGCUGAUGCAGGAGCGUCUGGAGCCACCGCAGGACCAGGUCGACCCCAACCCGAGCCACGUGUUCGGCUGCGGCACGUGCGCGCGCUUCUCGGCCGACACGGUGGAGGAGGUGGUGCGUCACCUGAGCCGCGACCGCAGCCAGCCGCGGGACGCCGACGUCACCCUGGUGGCUGGCGGCAGCUCCGUGUGCCGGCUCUGCUCCUACAAGACCAACCUCAAGGCCAACUUCCAACUGCACUGCAAGACAGACAAACAUCUGCAGAAGCUGCAGCACCUCAACCACAUCUUCGAGGGCGGCGAGGCCAACGAGUGGAAGCUCCGCUACCUGAACGUGACGAACCCGGUGCAACUUCGCUGCAACCUGUGCGACUUCUUCACCAACAGCGUGCACAAGCUGCAGGUGCACGCGUCCCAGCAGCGCCACGAGAUCAGCCUGGUGUUGUUCAGCUACCUGCGGCGCGCCGAGGCCGGUCUGGCCGAGUCUCGGCGCGCCUACAGCUGCGCGCUGUGCCGCUUCACCACGCGCCAGAAGCUGCCGCUGCUGCAGCAUAUCGGCAGCCCGCAGCACCUGCAGAUGGAGCAGCUGCGGCAGCUGCAGCGGCAGGCCGAGGGACAGCAGGGCCAGGACGACAUCAGCGUCAUAUUCCCCGUCAGGGAGCUGGAGGACGAGUCAGGAACCCAGCCAUCCAGCGACUCAGCCGACCAGCGCGACCAGGCGCGGCGGGACGGCGGCGGCGGCGGCGGUGGUGGCAGCGAGCGGCCGGCGUGUCCGCUGUGCGGCGAGCUCUCCGAGUCGCGCGCGCAGCUCGAGAAGCACCUAGUGGACGCGCACCGAGCGCGAGAAGACGUCAUCCAGCGGCUACUGCUGCUGUCGGAUGCCGAGCGGGAGCGAACGUCGCCCACCUCGGCGGCCUCGGACGCCGGAGAGCGGUCACGCUCCGAGCCGGAGAAGGAGGCGAUUGACGUGGACGAGGCCGAACAGGAGGAGCUGUACCGGUGCCAGACGUGUUCACACACCUUCCACAGCGUGGAUGAGCUGUGUCAGCACCAGCACGAGCACGGCCUGUUCGACCUGAAGCAGACACCCCGCGGUCUCGGGUACCUGUGCUCCAAAAAGGGCUGCAACCAGUACUUUGCAGGCGUGCAGCAGAUGGAGACUCACUUCCGCGAGAUCCACGCCAAGGCUGAACAGAUCGCCGCCGUGUCCGAGCGCCACGUCUACAAGUACCGCUGCAGCCAGUGCAGCCUGGCCUUCAAGACGGUGGAGAAACUGCAACUGCACUCACAGUACCAUCUGAUCCGGGAUGCAUCACGGUGUGGCGUGUGCGAUCGCAGCUUCCGGUCUGUGCUUAGCCUCCAGAAGCAUCUGGAGACCUCGCACACGGAGCUCGGAGAGGCGGAGCUGGCCAGACACCGCGCCAAGCUGCUGGCCAACCCACUCCUGAUGGCCGGUCUCAGCGGGCAGGUGCUCGACUCGCAGACCAACGAGAUCCUGAAGCGGGAGAACGACCGUGAUGACGAGGAGCAGGAGCAGCGCGAGGAGGAGGAUGACCGCGAAGGGAUGACUCCCGAACAGCGCCAGGUGGAGGACCUGCUGAACGCACCGGCAGCAGCUGAGGACGGCUACGCCGACCAGGGCCGCAAGUUCAAGUGUCACCGCUGCCGCGUUGCCUACACGCGACAGUCGUACCUGGUAGCGCAUAACAAGACCCUGCUGCACCGCAAAGGUGAGAAACUCUCCUAUCCGAUGGAAAAGUACUUGGAUCCGAACAGGCCGUUCAAGUGUGAUGUCUGCAAGGAGUCAUUCACACAGAAAAACAUCCUGCUGGUACACUACAACUCCGUCAGUCAUCUGCACAAGCUGAAGAAGAGCAUGCAGGAUAGUCAGACGUCGCCGCCAGCACAGCAAGAAAGCCACCAAGCUGCUCUGACAUCGGCCGUCACCAAAGAGUCCGAUGACGACCGCAAGCCGUUCAAGUGUAACAUCUGCAAGGUGUCGUACGGACAAAGUCAGACCCUGGACAUUCACAUCCGUUCGGUGCUGCACCAAUCCCGAGCUGCAAAGGUUCCAGAGCUGCUGGCAGCCGGUCUGAUCGACCUCAAUCGGCCCCUGAUUGAAGUUCCUGACACAGCCAAGCAGGAGCAGCAGCGACGCACGCUCGAGCUGCUGAUGGGUCUGAAGCAGCAGGAGGCGGCGACGGAGGCGUCCAGCAGCGGCCUGCCCACCUGCGGCCGCUGCUCAGCCGUCUUCAUCACCGGUGAGCAGCUGCAGCAGCACCAGCAGCUGUACUGCAUGGCGCCCAGCAGCGGUCUCAAUGUGCUGGCCGCACUGCAGCUGCAGUCUGGAAUGGCUAAAGCUCAGCAGCUGCAGCAACAACAGCAGCAGCAACAACAACAACAACAACAACAACAGCAGCAACAACAGCAGCAGUCACAGCAACAGACAGUCCCUGUUGCUGAUCUACCCAAGUCACUGCCUGAAAGCGAAUCACCGAUGCCGUCUGAUAUGGCUGAUGAGACCCUGAUGUCUGCUCCUAUAAGGCGUACUCCACACCUACAAAAACGCCUGCUGCAAACCUACGGCUUCGAGGUUGUCAUGCAAUACAACGAGUCCCACCAGAGACGCAAGAAGCCGGAUGACGACGGCGAGAAUGGUGACGAAAAGGGAGAUGAUGAAGGCGAACAGGUUGUACCGGAAGUUUCCAAAUGUCUCUGUCCGAUUUGCCAAAAGGAGUUUUCUAGCGUCUGGGUUUUGAAAGCCCACACCGAAGAGGUCCACAAGACGCUUGUGCCGAGAGACGUGGUCGAAGAGUACGCAGAGUCAUUCAAAGAGGAAUUCGAGCGGAAGCACAAGGCCGCCGUUUUGCCCUCUGAUGGCAAUCACGAGCAAACACCGUCAGCCCAGACUGUGCCAGCUGAUAAGGAGCACAAUGACUCCACUGCGCAGAAUGACAGCUCUGACAAGAUGGAUGACUCCCACAACACUCAGACCACCGUCUCCUCGGAACUGACGGACAAGUCACCGCCACCAUCCACCCCAACCCCGAGUACUGAGACAGACGGAACCCCUGCCAAGGCCAACACCAGCUCACCGGCCUUUAACCCGGUCAGGGCUUCCACUCCACCGAUGACGCCGGCGCCGCAGCAGAAGCAGCCAGAGCAGCAACAACAACAGCAGCAGCAGCAGCAGCAGACGAUGAGUGACAUGCAGGCGGCCAUCAGUCUCAUCCAGGCGGCUCAGAUGCACCAGCAGAUGCAGCAAAUGAAUCCACUGAUGAUGGCUCAGUUCGCCUCCAUGGGCGGCUUUCCAGGUGCUUUCAAUCCGGCACUGGCUGCUAUGAACCUGCAGCCGCCUCUGAUGCCGAUGAUGUCUCCACAGCAGAUGUUUGACCCGAUGGCUCUUCUGGCCGCACAGGCUCAGGCGUUGGCACAGCAGCAGCAGCAGGCACAGCACAAGUCGCCCAUGGUGCCGUCAAUGCUGGAGUCGGCCAUGAUGCAGCACCAGCUGCCCACGCCACCAGCCGGACAGCAGAAGCGAGCCAGGACACGCAUCAGCGACGAACAGCUGAAGAUCCUCCGCGCACACUUCGACAUCAACAACUCCCCGUCUGAGGAGCAGAUCAACAAGAUGGCACAACAGACUGGUCUGAUGCCGAAGGUCAUCAAGCAUUGGUUCAGGAACACCUUGUUCAAAGAGCGUCAGCGCAACAAGGACUCACCGUACAACUUCAAUGUACCACCAGCGACUACUCUAAAUCUUGAAGAAUACGAGAAAACUGGUGAGGCUAAGGUCGUUCCUCUUGACCCGAAAGUGUCGAACAUUGAGAAGAAAGAGUCAGAACCUAAAUCUGAGCCGACUGUCCCAGAAAGACCACAGCAGCAGCAACAGCAUCCGCAGCAAGAGCAGCCGCAACAACAACAGCCGCAGCCGCAGCUAAAGCAUCAACAGCAGCUGCAAGAGGAAGCAUUGCAGCAGCAGCAGCCUCCACCUCCGCCUCCUCAGCUGCCACCGACCAGCAGCCACAGUCAGGAGAAACCCGAGACUGCAACAACGUCUGCAAGUCCCGGUUUUCCGGCGAACCCACCUAGCGUGUCCUCUAGUCCACAUCCCCUGGCUCCAACUCCUGCCAUGGUCAGCCCUAGUCGUUCUCCGGGCGCCUACUCUUCUCAGAGCGCCUCUCCAAACCCGCUAACGCUGACCAACAUCCUGUCCUCGCAGCUAGGCCAGGGCGUGCCGCCCAACAUGGCCGCCGGCAAGUUCCAGCCCAGCUUCUCGAGCAGUCCAUACGCGCAGUCGUCGCUGUUCCCGGGUCUGGCCAGUCCGUCGCCGAGCUCCUACUCCUCACAGUCGGCCGUCAGUCCGUCGACUUCCACCAACUCGUACAGCCACGGCAAACGCGCAAACCGAACACGCUUCACCGACUACCAGAUCAAGGUGUUGCAAGAGUUCUUUGAGAACAACGCCUAUCCGAAGGACGACGAUCUUGAAUAUCUGUCGAAGCUUCUCGGACUUAGCCCACGAGUCAUUGUGGUGUGGUUCCAGAACGCUCGUCAGAAGGCACGCAAAGUAUACGAGAACCAGCCACCGGUAGACACAGCUGACGAGAACUCUGGCCGUUUCCAGCGCACGGCAGGACUCAAUUACCAGUGCAAGAAGUGCAUGAUGGUGUUCCAGCGCUACUACGAGCUGAUCCGCCAUCAGAAGCAGCACUGCUACAAGGAGGAGGACGCCAAGCGUUCGGCUCAGGCUCAGGCUGCGGCAAGUCAGGUGGCUCUCUCACUGUCCGAGGAUUCGAACUCGAACCCGGGCAUGGUGCGCAGCGUCCUCCCUCCUAACUUGUCCCCGUUUGACUCCAAGCCGCCACCACAGCUGCAGCAGUCUCAGACACCGACACCACAGCCGCAGGCUCCGCAGCCUCAGCAGGAGAGCACGUUCAAAUGUGACAAGUGCUCGCAGCAGUUCUCUCGCUUUGACCAGUGGCGCGAACACCAGGUCAUCCACCUGAUGAACCCGAAUCUGUUCCCGAACUUCCACACCUCGGAAUCUGGACCGAUCCCGCCGACUCCGUUGCCGCCACUGCCUCCUCUGCCACCAAUGACGAACGCAAUCUCGCCAAAGCGAAAGGCCUCCGAGGAAGAUGGCGAACACGAGACGGAAGAUCAUCCACGGGACAAGCGGCUCCGCACCACAAUCACCCCUGAGCAGCUCGAGUUCCUGUAUCAAAAAUAUCAACAAGAGUCCAACCCUAGUCGCAAGAUGCUCGAGGCCAUUGCCCAGGAGUGUGGCCUCAAGAAGCGUGUAGUUCAGGUGUGGUUCCAGAACACACGUGCACGUGAGCGCAAAGGUCAGUUUCGUGCCCACGCCCAGGUCAUCAACAAGCGAUGUCCGUUUUGCCCCGCCAUUUUCAAGGUAAAAUCGGCCCUGGAGUCUCAUCUCUCCAGCAAGCACGUGGAGCAGUACGCGCGUGGCGAGAUUAACAUCGACACUCUCCCCGACAUUGAGGACGACUCGUCAUCUGCCGCUGCGCGACACGAAACGGCCGACACUGGCCACGGUUCAGGAAACGACAGCUGUCGAACGCUUCCCCAAGAGCUUCCGCCCCGUUCGGUGGAAACGCCUCUAGAUCUCAGCAAGCCGAUGCGUGUCAGCAUGGAUACCGACCAGCGGCCGAACGAAGGGCCACUUACCGACUCGAGCUGUGACCGGAGCGGUGACGACUACGGCCUCUUCAUGGACGGCCGCUCUGAGGCGGGGUCGAUGGACCUGGAGCGGUUCAGCAACGCCGGCUCACCUGCCUCGAGCACGACCAGCCUAGUGCCGCUGCCGCUGUCUGUCCAACAACAGCAACAGCAACAGCAGGCCAAGCCCACCAAGCGCUACCGCACCCAGAUGUCCCAGACUCAGGUGAAGAUCAUGAAGCAGCUCUUCUCCGAGUACAAGACGCCAACCAUGUCCGAGUGUGAGCUGCUGGGCACUGAGAUCGGACUCGCCAAGCGCGUGGUUCAGGUCUGGUUCCAGAACGCACGCGCCAAGAGCAAGAAGCAGCAGCAGGUGCAGGGUCUGGAGCCGGAGCCGCCGCGUCCGGCUGAACAGUGCGACUACUGCAACUUCAAGUACAGUCACAAGUACGCCAUCCAGGACCACAUCUUCACUCGGAAGCACAUCGAAAACGUGCGCGCAGCCAUCGAGAACGACCGCAAGACGGACGGCUUCUACCAGCCGCCGACCUCGCACUCGCUGGCCACGCCGGCCGCCGCCGCCGCGCCCGCUGCCGCCCCCGCCCCGGCGCCCGCCACCGCCGAGCCGCCGCCGCCGCCGCCAGCCGAGAAGCCGCUGCCUGCCGUCAACAAGAACAUGUCGCUGCUACUGCAGAUGUACGGCAUGGGCGCGCCGCCGCUGCUGCCCAACCAGCCCGAGUCGUCCUCUGGGGACUCGGGCGGCGGCAGUACCGGCACCGGCGGGGAUGGCUCGGCCGGCACCCCUCUGCGGCUGCUCCAGAUCCCUGCCCACGCGCUGACCGAGCUGCGGCAGGCGCUACAGACGCCCGGGCCGUCCGAGGCGCGGUUCACACAGGACGGCUGCUCGGCCGACGGGCUGAGGGGUGUCACAGAGGUGGAUGGCGAGAGCGGCGCCGUCUGCAAGCAGUGUCACCUGGUGUUCGCCACGGCCGCGCAGCUGGAGCGGCACCCGUGCUGGCAGCGCGCCGGAGCGCCGCCGCCGGCGCGGCUGCUGCUCACCCAGCGCCAGUACCAGUGCACCGUGUGCGCCCAGAGGCACGCCACGCGCGCAGAGGCGCUCGCCCACCUGAAUCGGCAGCACGGCGACGCCGCCGAGAAGCUCGCCUCGCUGGCGCAGAGCAAGACGCUGGCGGCGCUCGGCGGUACCGACACCAACGGUAACUUCCAGCCGUCGGCGGGCACUGUCCGAGGCGAGCACUAGCCGAGCCGGCGGGCCCACACACACCGCAAUAACGCGUGUCAAGGCCGCCGGCGGGGCCGGUGCAAAGCGCCGCCCAGACAGAGGCCAGUGCACGCGGCACACGACGCAGGAUCCACCGACGCUCGGAGAGACGACAGGGCCGCGACAGACGGUACGGGACAGGACACCGAACGGGAGACAGGGGGAGGGAGAGAGAACGGGAGAACGAGAACGACAGAGAGAGCGGACGGACAGGACGACCGGAGGAGGGCGGCGCGCGCGCCGUCACACAGACAAUACGUAGCUACAUGUUUCUCCGAUAGAGUUAAUCUCUCUUCCAUAUGGGGGCGAGGCCGGCCGGGCGCUGCGCAGCGCGCCGCGGGCCGGCGCGGCGUGUGUGUGACUGUGUUGUGUGAGACAAAGUACAACACGCUGGCACUAUGGUUCCUAACGCAGCGCUGAUGACGUCGUCGUGCCCUGUUCUGUUGGUCGCAGCGGCCGUCUGUGGUGUUAUUCUCGUUGUGAUAUUGUGUGUGCGUGCGGCGAGAGAGCGUCUCCAAUGCCAUAUAAUGGUACCCGGACGGCGGUCAGCCGCCAACCACAGCUAAUGUUCCUAACAUUAUAUAUACAUAUAUAUACAUAUACUAACAAUACUAAAAUGUUCCUGUACUUUUAUACCGGGUGACGUGGUUCUUGUAGCACUUGCCGGCGCCGGCUAGGGACAAUUUCAUGGUAUAUGGAGCGCUAAAUCAGUGAAGACAGUUCCUGUUUUUUGGUGCCUUUGUAAUAUUCCUGGCAUUUUAGCCGCGCCGCCGUGCGGCACUCCUGUCUGUUACAGCUGUAGUUUCUGCACAGGUUCGGGAAUGCACGGUACAUAGUCCCUAUCGCUGCCGCCAUGUUUCCUAUAAGGGUUCCUGUUGACUAACUCAAGUUCCUAACACGGCACCCUCCGGCCGACGGGGGCGGGGCAGCGGCUCAUCGGUCCGCCGCGCGGCUCGCGCAGCUCACGGUGCCGGCCGCUCAGCAGGGACGGAGAGACGCCCUCAGACGCACUGAGGUCCCCGCACCGGUCCGCUGAGCUGGCCACCCGGGUCCGCUGCUGUCGCGGCGGACCCUCUGCGCGAGUCUGGCCGGCGGCCCCGGCCGCUCCCCGCCCCGUCCAGGCCCGGAGAGCUAACCGCCUGCUACUUUUCAACUAACCGGGCCUCGCAUCAAGUGCCAUUGUUUUCCAGUGGCGUCUCGCGCGCGCGUUACGUCACGCCAUGUCAGGCAUGUCGGUGUUGUCACUGGGGCUGCGUCGAACCCCGAGCGCGUGCCAACCGGGCCGCCACCUCGCCCCGAGAAGGCGACACGCGCUUCAGCGUUCAAACCGCACCGGCGCGGGCACGCGCGUCCGCGAGCGCGCCGCAGCCGCAAUUCUUAUCGACCACUCGCGUAGGAUGUAUGUUUAACAAAAAUGCAUUCCAGUGGUCGAAUUUGUGAUUUGUGUUGAUUUCGAGUGUGUUUUAGUCUGGCGCAUGUUUGUGUGCGUGUGUGUGCGUGUGUGUACGUAUAAUUGCCGAUAGUCUGGCGUAGCUAGCGUUGCGUGUACUGUAUUCAAUCUGGCAGUGUUGGGUUAUAUAUUUAUUUUGUUGAUGACGUGCUAACGGCAUUAUUGGCAAUGUGAUACAGACGGCAAUGCGCCAGUGAGGUGGAUGUGCGGUGGCGAGCGGAGAGUCCGGACCGGGCCGGGCCGCGCGCGCCGCCGUCACCGGGCGCGGCGGCCCGGCGCGAGCAGCUCGCGGCUGGCCGGCUCUCCUCGCGCCUCUCCCAAGUUCCUAUUAUCAUAAUAAGGUGUCUCCGGGUGGUCGGGCGGCCGGCACCGUCGGCAGGAGGCCCUGUCUGACAGGGAGACACCGCCGCCGCCGCCGCCGCCGCCGCCGGCCCGUACUGUAUCCGGCGCGCGCGCGCGACAGUCACGGCGCGCUGGAGGCGCCCGCGGCGCGGCCGGCCGCCGUGCUCGCACCGCCCGAUUUCUGGCAUGAUUCGGAUUUGUUUUCGUACUAAGUGAGUGGACGCAUGAAUGCUUAUGUCGGAUAAUAAACAUUCACCUGA